CGCUAAUGUUGCUGUUUCGGCACCGAGAGAAACAAUUAAACAAACACACACACGCGCGCGGUUCUGUCCAAAACACACCGUCUGUUUACUCACGUAAAUAAAGUUUCACGAUGGGGAAGAAACACAAGAAGCACAGAACCGAAUGGAGAACAGUGGAGGGAGACUACGAGGACAAACCUUUAGAUAAGCCGCUGAAGCUGGUGCUCAAGGUGGGCGGCAGUGAAGUGACGGAGCUGUCCGGCUCGGGACAUGAUUCCAGUUACUAUGACGACCGUUCUGACCAUGAGUGGGAGCGUCACAAGGAGAAGAAGAAGAAGAAGAAAAAGAAAGCAGAGAAAGAAAAGCAUUUAGAUGAUGAAGAGAGGAGGAGGAGAAAGGAAGAGAAAAAGAAGAAGCGUGAGCGAGAACAGUCAGAAAACGCCGCCAAUGUGCCAGUGGAACCUUUCACACUGCCCAAGCCUGUGGAGGUUGUUCCGGAGGAGAAGAAACGGAAGCGGGAGAAGGUGGAGUCGGAAUCGGAGGCGGAGGCGGAGCAGCAGGCGGAUCGACCCGUGCGAGCCUGCAGAACUCAACAAGAAAACGAAUCUACCCCUCGGCAGCAGCUUCUAGAGCAUUUCUUGCGUCUGCUUCAGAGGAAAGAUCCACACGGAUUCUUCGCCUUUCCGGUAACAGACGCCAUCGCGCCCGGCUACUCCAUGAUUAUCAAGCAUCCCAUGGACUUCAGCACAAUGAAGGACAAAAUCGCAGCGAAUGAAUACAAAACCAUCACAGAAUUCAAGGCAGAUUUCAAGCUGAUGUGUGACAACGCCAUGGUUUAUAACCGACCGGAGACGGUCUACUACAAAGCUGCCAAGAAACUCCUUCAUACAGGCUUCAAAAUGAUGAGCAAAGAGCGGCUGUUAGCUUUGAAGCGCAGCAUGUCUUUCAUGCAGGACAUGGAUUUUUCUCAGCAGGCUGCCAUUCUGGGUGACGACGACAUCGCCCCUGAGGAACCCGUGCCAGAGAUGAUGCCCGUCCACACCGAAUACCCCAAAAAAUCCAAAAAGCAGCCUGUGAAAGAGCCCAUCAUCAGCGAUCUGUACGAGCUGGAGGGCAACGCGUGCAGUUUGACGGACAGCACGGCAGAGGAGCACGUCCUGGCGCUGGUGGAGCACGCAGCAGAUGAAGCACGCGAUCGAAUCAACCGCUUCAUGCCGAACUCUAAGAUUGGAUAUCUUAAAAAGGACGCUGAUGGUUCACUCUUCUACACGGUUGUGAAUCAGGAUCCUGAGACAGAAGCGGAUGAGACUCAUCCUGUUGAUUUGAGCUCUUUGGCUAAUAAACUCAUUCCUGGACUCACAUCCCUGGGCUUUAAAGACGACCGGAGACACAGAGUGACGUUCUUGAGCAGCGCUUACAACACGCAGACCCUUCAGAAUAACUCCAUUUAUCCUGAUCUGCUCCCGGAUGAGAGGGACAUGCUGUACUCGGCUUAUGGAGACGAGACGGGUGUGCAGUGUGCGCUCAGUUUGCAGGAGUUUGUUAAGGGUUGUGGGAGUUUUACAAAGAGAUUGGUGGAUGAUUUGCUGGAUACAAUGACAUUAGGUGAUCACUCAAAGGCCACCGUCCAGAUCCGACAGAAAAGGAACAUGUCUAGUUUAUGUGACCUGCAGGGAACAGUUGGAGGUGUUAUAGACAGCGGCUCUGUUCUGGAUUUCAUGUCCAUGAAGAGUUAUCCAGACAUGUCUUUAGAUAUGCUCAACACUUUAGGUAAAUGUGUAAAGAAGGAAACUGAACAUGAGGACGGUCAUUCACAUUUUGAUGACACGGCCAAACUCCUGCAGGAGUUCCAGGACGCAGCGGUGGACCGGGUCGGGUCCAGACCAUCAUCCAAUCUCUCCUCCUUGUCGAACGCUUCCGAACGCGACCAGCAUCAUUUAGGAAGUUCACCUCAUCUGGGUGUUGGUGACGGUCCAGCAGAGAUGGUUCAGGACCCGUAUGAGUUCCUGCAGUCUCCAGAGCCCAGCUCUACAGCUAACAGCUGACGGAUGGACACACAACACGGAUGAUGUUUUUCUCCUGUUCUGUGAUGUUAUUGUUUGGACUGUAAGUUUUUGUACAGAUUAAAUGUUUCGUGUCGUUUUUUAAAUAAAAGCCAAGUGG